UGGCGGUGGGCGGGGACGCGCUUGGCGGCGGCAGCCGCCUGAGCCACGCGCGUCCCCGCGCGCAGCCUCCACAGCCUGCGACUUGAGCCGGGAAGCUGCCACUCGCUCGCCGAAGCGGCUCCGCUGCCCAUCGCUGUGACGGGAAGGGAGGGGAAAGCAAAUAUUGAAUCAGAAGAUCUUGUGAUAUUCUUCAGGAAGAUUGCUUUGGAGAGGACAGUUUGGAAAAAGAAACAUUUGAUAUCUGAACAUUGGAUACAUCAGAAGUCAUGUCGGACUGGCUUCUAAUUGGACUGUUUGUGGCAUUGGUGCUGCUUCUGUUGCUGACAAUCUUCGGCUUUGCUGUUUAUUCGGGACUGUUUACAGAAGUAAUUGUGAAUGCUGGUUUGCCCCCCAUUGGCAACAUCACUGUGGCAUACAAAUUCCAGGUGGGGCCUUAUGGUGACUCCGGAAGGUUUUUUACAGAGAGUUGCAGUGUUUCUCCAAGGCUGUCUUCUAUCGCUAUCUACUAUGACAACCCUCACACGGUGGAUCCAGAGAAAUGUCGCUAUGCUGUAGGUAGUGUCCUGAGUGAAGGAGAAAACAAGCCAUCUGAGGAAGUGAUCCACAUGUUUCUGAAGUAUGGCUUCAAGAUUAUCAACUUCCCAGCUCCUAGUCAUGUAGUCACGGCAACCUUCCCUUAUACAACUCCACUAUCCAUCCAUCUGGCAGUGAACCGUGUCCAUUCAAGUCUUGACGUAUACAUCAAGGAGCGGAAACUAUGCGCCCAUCCUAGACUGGAGAUCUACAAAGGAGAUAAAAUCUAUUUUAUAUGCCCCCUUGCACGUCAAGGGGACUUCUACGUGCCUGAAAUGAAAGAGUUGGAGAAGAAAAACAGAGCAGCCGCAGCAGCAGUAGAAACUGAUGAUGAUCAAACAGAUAUUACAGGUAUGGACACCAUGAGUGAGACAAGUUCUAUCAGCCUCGAAGCCACAACUGACAUCAGUGAGACUUCAGUGGCUACCUCCAUCUUAUCUCCUUUUGCAUCUGGCCACAGUCGAGAUGAGACAGACAAUCGGAGUGAGCAUAGCUACAGUGAAUCGGGGGGCAGUGGUUCCUCCUUUGAAGAAUUGGACAUGGAAGGCAAUGGUGAUGGAAUGGCAGGUCUGUCAUGUGACCUUGGUUCUGCAGAAGACCGCGACACCGCCCAAGUCAAGUGGACCAAGGAGCCUAUUGCCCCAGAAGAAAAAAGGGGUGAAGAAUAAAGUUAUCUGCUUACCUACAUUUUAGGGACUGAAAAGAGAAACUGAUAAUAGUUCUUCAUUCUUUUCCGUCCAGCCAAAAAAAAUUGGUUACUGAUCCAUGUUGAGAGCUUGCUACAUUUUGUCUGCAAACAAAUAUUUGGAGAGUUAUAUAAAAGAGAGGAAAUUAUAUUCAGUAGAACAAUGAAUAUAAUCAUAUUUUAUAGCCAGACUUAAGGAGGUGUGCUGCAAUAGGAAAUUAAAAGUGAGAUGGGAUGCAGUGGUAGUGGUGGUGAGUUCUGUUUGAACCAGCAAAUUCAAGAUUUUACAUAGACUACCUCUAGUCUUAGAAUCUUUUAAAUUCUUCCUGCAUCCUAUCUUGUUUGACCCCCAAUUGGCUGCUUUUCUGUAACAUCCACGCUCUAUUUGGUGCUACAUCUAUUAAGACCAAAGAACUGUAGCACUUAUUAUUGAAAGAGAAUAGUGCAGACUUUCUUACAUGUUUUUAUCGUAAGUGCAGCAUAUGAAUUCUUAUUAUAAUACAGUAGCGCCCCUGGAAAGGUAAUGGAUUAUGUGCAGGUUAGUGUAAUCCCAAGUAAUCUCAUGUUUUUGCUCCAUUUCCUUCUGUUAUUGGUGCCAUUUCUCUCUCUUUUUGGUUUCCAUUAUAUAAAUAAUGUUACAUUUAAUACAGUUCUUGAUAGUUACAUUUAAUAUCUUUGGGAACCAAAUUCCUUUUCUAGUUUCUUAUGUGAAAGUGUCCAUCAGAAAGAAAAAUCCAUCACUGUUAGUAUUAAUGGAACCCUUUUUCUGCAGUCUCAGGAAGGAGGCUGUUGAGAAUGAGGAAUUGCAAAGUAAGCCAGUGACCAGCUGCCUGUGCCAUUACUUCACGACUGUGAUGAGGUAGUAACUAAAUGUAGGAAAAGAUCAAUCUGCUCAGUGCUGUUCAAAAGACUCAGGUACUAUAGUAACCAUAGAGAAUUUGAGCCAGUGUGUGAACCACAGCUGAAAGUUAUUAUAUAUUACGGCUUGGUGAAGUUGAGUUCUUCCAACGUGAUUCCAAAGCACCUCUUACAUUAGGAUGAAAUGACAGUGUUUAUCAUUUUGUACUGGCAAUAGUUUUGAAGGCUUGGUCAGAACAAAGCGGUCUCUAUAAAGAUGGUAUUCUGAAGUAUUGAACCAAAUCUGUCACUCCUAAAUCUCUAGUAAAGUUCUUCUACUAAGGAAUCAAUAGCUGAGAAAUGUGGCAAUAGUUGGAAUUCUCACAGUUUCAUUAUUGUAGCUUGAGGAAGCAUUGAGACAGCAGGUUGAAGAAAAUAUUAAUAUAUGUAUAUUAGAGAUAAAGUAUUGAAAUAUUUUGCUCCUCUUCAGCACUUCUUGGUUCUCUUGCUUGCAUCCUCUUACUAGAGAUUGAUGGCCCGCUCUCUUUCUUAAUGGGUUUAGGUAGAGUAGAGGAGUUCAAAAUUCAGUAGGUAGAGGAGUUCAAAAUUUAGCCACCUUCAGACCUGCCUUGCUCUCAGCAUUGACUUAGCCUGGGAGGGUAAUUAAGGAAAUGCAGUGUUAGAAUAGUGAUUUUGAGUUUUGUGGUCCAUAAGGCCAUUUAGUUCCUGCUCUCCAAGCAAUCACAAUUGAUUCCUUCCUUUAUGCUCUGUUGUUGCCUCUAAAGUCUCAAUUCCCAGUUUAACUUUUUAUUUCCUGAUGCUUAAAUCUAUAUUCAUAUGCUCCGAAUUCUGAUUUAAUGUAACAAACCAAAUCAGUACUGUGCAUCAGAAGAUUGGAAUGUAACAUGGAAUUAUUUGAAUGAAAAUCUUCCAACUGCCUCAUUUUAGUUUCAUUUGUGCAGGUCUCCUAUGCAUCCCCAUUUCCUCAGACAUGCUUGAAUGUCUAGAGCUUAUAUGCUUGUUCAUAUCUGUAGCUGUAGCUAGACUUUUGUGCUCCUAAUUAAGGCUAAAUUGGAUAUUAGACAGCACCAUUUAUGCCAUUGCUGUGUUUUCCUGUGUAUCUUAUAAACACUAUCAAACAACAGGGAUACACUGAAAUGAGGAGGAGGCAUAUAGUUAUUAGUGUGCUAUGUCGAUCCCUAGAGUUUAUUUGACAAGAUAAUUUUCCUUCCUCCCUUCCUUCCUUCCUUCCUUCCUUCCUUCCUUCCUUCCUUCCAUCCAUCCAUCCAUCCAUCCAUCCAUCCUUCCAUAUAUCAGUAUCUGAGUAUUUUACUGGAUGUUUCAUUUUGGUUUGUGCAAACAUUGUGUUUCCAGCAUCUUCUUUUACUCCUCUGGACCAUGCCAAUCUGGACAUUCUAGAGUUGGUUCAGCAACUUUAUGGUUGUAAAUCUUCAGGGCAUGCUCAAACUACUUCUUAUUCUAGAAAAUUUACUCCCAAAAAGAUCACUUCCUACCUCUGGGAGUUUUCCUACUUCCAGGAAAACUGCUGGACCACUCUUGAAGCUUCCAAAUCUGUGUGGUUUGGAGAAAAGAUAGGACCUUUCCUCCAGCAUCCUGUCUUUGGAACAAUUUGCACAUUCCUACUUUUGUUGUGAAGUGUAUGUGUUUAUCUCGCAUAUUUGUGGAUAAACAGUACACAUCCUCAUAUGUGUUUCCAUGUAUGAAUAUGCAUACUCAUACAUGUUUAUAAUCUGCAAGUGUGAGGGGCGUGUGUGCAUGUGUUUACAGUAAUGCCGUAUAAAUUCACUAUUCUGCACGUGCCAAUACACAUACCUUCUUUUCUUUGAGCACACAUUAAUGUGCUGUUUAUUUGUUAACAAUGUUUUAUGGAUAUAGACAAGAUGUUCAAGAAAGAUACAUACAAUAAUUAAACCUUGUUUCUGAUUGUAGAGGCUGUUUUGUACACCUGGAAACUAGCCUGUUGGAAAGAAAAACAACUAAUUAUCUGGACAACUUCAAUAGCAGAGGAAUUUCUAAAUUAGGAAACUGUUUCUCUGAUUUUCCAGCUUUUCACCAACAGGAAAUACAGUACGGCUAGAAUAAAAUCUUCAAACAGUAAAUCCCUCAUGUAACUUCUAAAAUACCCUGUGUUAAUGAAUCAAAAUGUUUUCUUUGCUUACCUGAAUCAUUUAGAGGCUCAGGUACAAAUGUUUUCAUGGGACAGUUUUCUUUACGUUAAAAGAAAACAUAUAGUAGCAUAGUAGCCCAUUCUUCUUUUCUCUAAUGCUAAGCUUUGGAAAAGGUUUUGUCUUGCCCUGGAAAUUAACAAGCCAUAUGAAGUCAUUUGGACUGUUUGAAGACAUUGUGAAACAUGAGGGAAAGGUAGAAAGUCACUGGGCAUGCCAUGUGAUGGGAUGAGGAACUGGGGAUGAAUUACUGUGAGAAAUUAUCCUCAUUCUGAGGAUGGCAGAGUGGAAGCAGUUCCGCAUUCAUUCAGUGUUGGUUGGAUCUUCUGAUUUAACAAGACAAACAACACAAAAGUUCUGGUUGCUUUAAUACUGUCAGAGAAUAACAACUUCUUAAUCAAUCAGAUGGAUAAAUUUGGCACAUUAUUUGCUUGCCAUGACUGGGACCGAGAGCAGGGUAAACUGGCCAGUUACUGCUUCUAGUCAUAAUCAACUUUAUUUGGAGGUGGCCCUCGAAGUUUUGCUUUCAAUAAAGACUUGUGGUUUCUUGAGAUAGAUACUGAACCUAACGUUUUUCUGGGUUUCUCUUAGCACUCCCUGUUUCAGCCCAGGGGAGUUGAGGGCGAGGCUGCUAAAGUAAUGCUGCAUGGCAGUGACUGGGUUUUGGUUAGUAAUCAUUACUGAAUGACUUUCAGUAGAAUUUCAGGUGCGAGAGUAGAAUUAUUAAAAAUCUUGGUUACCAUCCCUUGGGCCAAACUUUAGAGUGAUUAUUCUAGCGUUCAAGAAGCAAGAUCUAUCUGGUAACAUAUUCCAAACUGCUUCAGGAAUUAUGUUAUAUGACUGCGUGUUUCCCAGGCUUGCUUGGGGCAUUACUGGAGUUAGUUCAUUUUAGGCAUUUGUCUGGCAGACAGCUUGAAGGUAUUCUUCUUAUUCUGUGCCACAUUUCUCUUUCUCUAUUUAACACUUGCUGUCCUUGUGGAGGUACUGUGCUAGUGAGUAAUACAUCCAAGCAUCUCAAAAACAACUAAUAUUUCAUCUCUUGCUGUAAGCAGAACUGUCUCUUAUGGCAGAAAAAAAGACUCUGUAAUCUACAACUGAUACAAAAUGCAGUACUUCAAAAUGAACAUAUUUGAAGAAAAUGGUGCUGAUAGAUAAAGAAGUCCUGCUAUUAUUCUAAUUUUAUUGUUACCUGUUGAGACAUUUCAGAGGUGAAGACAUGCAGCUUUUCUGACAUCUUCCUUUUCUUUAGCCCAAAUAUCAUCUAUGGUGAGCAUCUCAUUUUCAUUAUCACCUCUGUGUUCUGAAAGAUCAGUAGCCUGCUGAUACUUAUAGAAGUCUCUCAUUAAUAAGGUUGAGGUGAUGAUGAUGAGUAAGAAUAAUCUGGGCAUCUAGAAAACAAAAGAUGAAUGAAUGUGGAACAAGAUUUUAGAUAAUACAGAAUGCAGCACAUUCUUCCUAUGGCUUAGCUAGUAUCCAUGUACUCAAAAUUAUUAGGAGUAUUGAAACGUUUGAUUCAAAUUAACCACCUUAAAGUUUUGGGGUUACUUCUAUUUUCUGCUGUGCUUUAUUUUUUUUAAAUUCCAUUUUUUCCCUCUGUUUCUGUAUCCCAACAUGUUUUUGGACCUAAAUGUCUAGAGAAAACUGUCUUAUUCAACAGAAAAAUGUAGAGUACUCCCUGCAUAUCUCUGCUGUUCUCACAUAGGACUAAUUCAUGUACAUCUAGCUAGGGUACUGUAACUACAGUUCCAUGACAAUAUAUCUCUUGAACCAACUGCUGGCAGGAAGAAUGGGUCAAAAUUUUUAUUUCUCAUCCAUAUAUGUUCUUUGCUGAAGCAUUAUUUCAUAGGCACACCAACAUUAUGCCAUAUAGCUGUCCAGAGUUCUGAAUCCACCCAUUAAAAUAUAUAAAGUACCUAUUGCUAAGGGAGGUAAUGCAUUUCAUGGGGCUGUAGAACUUGCAUGUAAACAGGUGAACUGGAAGAGGUCUUACAUCUGGAUCUUAACCCUGCAGAUUAUCCUUCAGCCAGCAAUUUGCACUGUAAAGCGAUAAGGAAUGACAGCUUAGAGCUUGUUAAUUAUUAAAAUACAAGCUGAGCUGUGAGAGAGGUUUGCUUAUUAGUUUGGUCCUGAAGUGAAAAUUUUUGUUCUGUUAUAUAUUUAAUCACUAUUUUGGUAUAAUGUACAAGGCUUAAAAUGAUCUAUGUGCCAGACUGAUUAAAACCUAGGUGUUGGGUAAGCAGGGCUGUGUGGGGGUAGAGGGUAAAUCCUUGUUAAAAUUAAAAGUGGCUCAUAAAAACAA